CCUGAUUUGGUUUCCUGAGGGAGGUCUGUGUGGAUUCUAUUCGUUAUAGGCCUGCUUACCCUAAGAUGUUAUUUAGUCUUCCUACGGACCAUCGUUUUCUCUCGUUGAAGUGGCCAAACUCCUCCGGGCAACACCUGUACCGAGGAGCCAAGCGUCACUCGGUGCGCACACCCUGCGGCCGCCGAACAACAUUAUAAUCUCCAUUCGAACAUAUCAUCUCAAGCCCACAACUCCACAAAGACCUCAUCAACUCCUUAAGACGCCCUCUCCACAUAUAAACACCUCCACCACACAUACCGAAACAAUGUGCCGCGACAUCUGCGUCCUCUACGUGUGCUCUGCAUGCGGGGAGCAGCUGUCCGAGACCUCGACGAAACAAUGGUGCCGCGAUGCCCGACGGAAGGGCAAGUUCGGCCGCUGCGUCGCGGGGGCCAGCCGUGUCGAGGACGAGUCGCGCAGGGAAGAGUGCCUCGCGUGUACGGAGCUCCGCGAGCAGCAGAUGGCGCAGCUGAGGGACUUUGCGGUACGGCGGCUUGGAUGGAGAAGUGGCAAGGGCGGGAGGAACGGAGAUGCCGACAGUGGUCGUGGCGGGCGUGGUGGACAGGUCCAGAGACAGUGUAGUGAUGGUGGUGUUGCUGGCGAUGAAGAGGAUGAUGAUGCUGGGUAUGGGUACUCUGUGGUGAGGUGGGAGAUGUUGCUAUGGAGUUUAACUGGGGAUAAGACGGUUGCUUUCGUUCUGCCACUGAUACAGGUCGUGAUGUAUUCCGAAUAUACAAAAGAGGCUACCAACGUCCCCAACAUCCUCUCUAAGCCACCCUCUUGGGGCUAGGUACAGGAUCGUAGUAAAGAUUGUC